AUGCAAUUGAAUGAUGAUAAAAAUUAUUCUUUAUUUAGAUAUUGGUGUGCCACACAUGUUCUUCAAACUCAGUAUACAAUUCAAAUAGUUCGUUGUAAUUCAAUAUCAGGUUGUGGUCUAUGGCAUUCAAAUUAUAUUCAAGUAUUUCCUCAUCGUUUUCUUCCAGCACCAGUUGCAUUUGAACGUACACCACGUGGUAUCGCAAUGGCUGAACGUGAUUAUCAAAAAGGUGUUUUUUAUGGUUCAUUAAUUCACCGUAUACAGUUUUAUAGUGUUGUUAUGCAACAUACACAAAAUGAUAUAUUACCAUUUGAUUAUUAUUGUUCAAGUGUACGAAAAGAAUUAAAACAACAUAUUUGUUCAAUACGUAAACAAUAUAUUUCAUCAGCUUAUCGAAUGAAAAAUCAUUGUAAAAUUCAUCAACAGCAAUAUGCAUCAAAUUGUCUUGAUUAUGAUGAAGAUAUGUUUUCAAAUGAAAAUGGUAUUGGAAAUGAACAUGAUAGAAAUGAAGAUGAAUUCAAAUAA